AUGGGACAAACUAUCACCACCCCCAAAAGUUUAACUUUGCAGCACUUCAAGGAAGUCCGUGACAUCGGCCACAAUCUCUCGGUGGAAGUGCGGAAAGGAAAGUGGGACAUCUUCUGCUCAUCUGAAUGGCCCACCUUUGACGUGGGCUGGCCACGAGAUGGCACCUUUAACCUAGAUAUUAUUUUGCAGGUGAAGGCCAAAGUCAUGAAUCCUGGGCCCCAUGGGCAUCCAGACCAAGUCCCUUAUAUCAUCACGUGGGAAUCUCUGGUCAAGGACCCCCCACCGUGGGUGAAGCCCUUCUUGCCUCCCCCUUGCCCAAAACCCACUCCUUCUGCCCCCUCUCUCCCGCCUCCAUUAGUUCCUACCCCAGUUAACUCCACCCUUUACCCAGUCUUUAUGAAACCUACUCCAGAAAAGGACCCUAGCCACAAGAAGACACCCCCGGUCCUGCCGGCGGAUGAUGGCCCUCUACUGGACCUGAUGACCGAACAACCCCCUCCUUACCGGGGCCCAAACCCGGCACAGGAACCAGAGGAGGCAACCGCCAGAGGGGGACCCCAGGGAGAGCCCCCCCUCGUCCCCGGUGGCGGGACGCUUAAGGGGAAGACGGGAAGUCACUCCCGACUCCACAUCCCAGGCCCUACCGCUACGGAUGGGGAUCCCUCUAGGCUCACUGCAUUGAUCGAGUCUAUUUUAGUGACUCACCAGCCCACCUGGGAUGAUUGCCAACAGCUGCUCCAGACGCUGUUGACAACUGAGGAAAAGCAGCGGGUUGUCAUAGAGGCAUGUAAAAAUGUUCCAGGAGACGAUGGAAAACCCACCCAGCUGCCACACAGAAUAGAUGCGGCUUUUCCCUUGGAGCGACCGGAUUGGGACUUCUCCACUGAGCGCGGUAGGGAACGCCUACGUCAAUAUCGCCAGUUGCUCAUGGCGGGUCUCCGUGGGGCCGCAAAGCGCCCAACUAAUUUGGCCCAGGUUAAAUUAGUGACUCAAAAGUCUGAAGAAUCUCCCUCUGCCUUCCUAGAACGCCUCAAGGAGGCAUACCGUGUGUAUACUGCCUACGAUUCAGAUAGUCCGGAUCAGGCAACUAACUUAGCCAUGUCUUUCAUUUGGCAGUCAGCCCCAGAUAUUAGACGGAAGUUAGAAAGACUUGACAAUUUAAGAGAAAAUACAGUGCAGGAUUUGCUGAAGGAGGCAGAGCGGAUUUAUAACAAGAGAGAGACACAGGAAGAAAGGGAUGAAAGGCUGAAGAGAGAGGCAGAAGAAAGGGAGAAUGUCAGGGAGCGGAAGAGAAAUAAAGAGUUUAGCAGGAUAACUCUUAACGUGGGGGGGCAACCUGUCACCUUCCUGGUGGACACCAGAGCCCAACAUUCGGUACUCACCACCUCACCGGGACCCCUAACUGACAAAUCAGCAUGGGAUCAAGGAGCAACCGGAGGAAAGAGGUACCAUUGGACUACCGAGAGGAAGGUACAACUCGCCACCGGUAGGGUAACUCACUCCUUUUUGCACGUCCCUGAUUGUCCCUACCCCCUGCUGGGGAGAGACCUACUUAUGAAACUUAGGGCACAAAUCCACUUUGAGGGGACUAAAGCCCAUAUUACCGGGCCGCAGGGACAGCCCUUGCAUGUGCUAACCAUACACUUAGAAGAUGAGUACCGGCUCCACGAGCCUGAGAAACCUGAGUCGCAGGAUGUGACUAGUUGGCUAGAGAAAUUUUCCCUGGCUUGGGCGGAGACCGGAGGAAUGGGUCUCGCCAUUCACCAACCGCCCUUGGUGAUUGCUCUAAAGGCAUCUGCGACUCCUGUCUCUAUCAAACAAUAUCCAAUGUCACAUGAGGCCUACCAGGGAAUCAGACCCCACAUUCAGAGACUUUUAGAUCAGGGCAUAUUGGUACCAUGCCAAUCUCCUUGGAAUACGCCUCUCCUUCCAGUCAAAAAGCCAGGAACAGGAGAUUAUCGCCCAGUACAGGACUUAAGGGAAGUCAACAAAAGAGUGGAGGACAUACACCCCACAGUCCCCAACCCAUACAAUCUGUUGACUGGGCUUCUCCUGAGAUAUGUUUGGUAUACAAUCCUGGACCUCAAGGAUGCUUUCUUCUGUUUGAGGCUCCACCCAAAGAGCCAAUCUAUUUUUGCCUUUGAGUGGAAGGAUCCAGAGCUGGGAAUAUCGGGCCAGCUUACUUGGACAAGAUUACCACAGGGGUUCAAAAAUAGCCCCACCCUUUUCGAUGAAGCUCUACACCGGGACUUGGCUGACUUCAGGGUCCAUCACCCUACCCUAAUUUUACUCCAGUAUGUGGAUGACCUCCUCCUGGCUGCAGAAACUGAGAAAGAAUGUAAGGAGGGAACAGAGGCCCUCUUGAGAACUUCAGAAAUUCUAGGAUACCGGGCCUCAGCCAAAAAGGCCCAGAUUUGCCAAAGACAAGUUACUUAUUUGGGAUACCAGAUCAAAAAUGGGCAAAGGUGGCUGACCGAGGCACGGAAACAGACAAUUUUGGGAAUUCCAGAACAAAAUCCGAGGCAGUUAAGAGAGUUCCUAGGUACGGCGGGGUUUUGCCGCCUCUGGAUCCCGGGGUUUGCAGAGAUGGCCGCACCACUCUACCCCCUUACCAAACAAGGGACUCUCUUCACUUGGGGGGAUGAACAACAGAGGGCCUACGCAUCAAUAAAAGAGGCCCUGCUAACUUCCCCUGCAUUAGGAUUGCCGGAUUUAAACAAGCCCUUUGAGUUGUUCGUGGACGAGAGACAAGGGUAUGCUAGAGGAGUCCUAACUCAAAAACUUGGACCUUGGAGGCGUCCGGUUGCCUACCUGUCUAAGAAACUCGACCCAGUGGCCUCAGGUUGGCCCCCUUGCCUACGGAUGGUGGCUGCGAUCGCCCUCUUGCUCAAGGACUCUGGCAAACUGACUAUGGGGCAGCCGGUAACUAUCCUGGCUCCACAUGCGGUUGAGGCCCUGGUAAAACAACCUCCGGGCCGAUGGCUCUCUAAUGCCCGCAUGACUCAUUACCAGGCUCUGUUACUAGACACUGAUAGAGUGCAAUUUGGUCCUGUGGUAGCCCUCAACCUAGCAACGCUGCUUCCCCUACCAGUAGGUCCAGAAGUUCAUGAUUGUUUCCAGAUACUUACAGAGGUACAUGGCAUCCGACCUGACCUAACUGACCAACCCCUUUCGGAGGCCGACUUCACCUGGUUCACCGACGGGAGCAGUUUCCUGGACAACGGAGAGCGGAGAGCAGGGGCUGCGGUCACCACCGAAACUGAGGUAAUUUGGACCAAGGCCCUACCACCUGGAACCUCAGCGCAACGGGCUAAACUCAUCGCCCUGACCCAAGCCCUCCGAAUGGCGGAAGGUAAGAAGCUAAAUGUCUAUACAGACAGCCGUUAUGCCUUUGCUACUGCUCAUAUCCAUGGAGAAAUAUAUCGAAGAAGGGGACUGCUUACCUCCGAAGGGAAAGAGAUUAAAAAUAAGAUGGAGAUAUUGGCCUUGUUAGAGGCUUUGUUCUUACCCUCGAGGCUGAGCAUUAUUCAUUGCCCAGGUCACCAAAAGGGGGACAGCUCGGAAGCCAGGGGCAACCGCUUGGCGGACAUGACAGCCAGGGAAGUAGCGAUGCAAGGAAAUUCAGAGGCUCCCCGAAUGGGGGCCACAUACAACCCCACAACAAGACUCUGGACUUUCAACGAGCGACCUGUGUGGCCCCUACAACAGACCCGGGACCUGAUCAAGUAUCUCCAUCAACUGACCCAUCUUAGCUCCAAAAAGAUGAAAACCCUCCUGGACAGAGAGGAAAAUGCCCACUAUCUGCUAGGUAAAGAUAAAAUCCUACAACAAGUAGCUGAAGAGUGCACGGCAUGUGCCCGAGUCAAUGCAAGCCGUAACAAGAUCGGUGCGGGGGUCAGGGUCCGAGGACACCGCCCUGGCACUCAUUGGGAGAUAGACUUCACUGAGGUGAAACCUGGACUCUAUGGGUACCGGUACUUACUGGUAUUUAUAGACACUUUUUCUGGGUGGGCAGAAGCCUACCCUACUAAACAUGAGACUGCCAGAGUUGUCACCAAGAAACUUUUAGAAGAAAUCUUCCCUAGGUAUGGAAUGCCGCGAGUACUGGGCUCUGACAACGGGCCUGCCUUCGUCUCCCAGGUAAGUCAGUCAGUGGCCACAUUGUUGGGGAUUGAUUGGAAAUUACAUUGUGCAUACCGCCCCCAGAGCUCAGGGCAGGUAGAACGUAUGAAUAGAACUAUUAAGGAGACUUUAACCAAAUUAACGCUUGCAACUGGUGCUAAGGACUGGGUAUCCCUCCUUCCCCUAGCGUUGUAUAGGGCUCGAAACACUCCGGGCCCCCAUGGGCUCACUCCUUUUGAGAUCUUGUAUGGCGCCCCGCCACCAGCUGCCCAUUUCUUUGACUCUGGAAUAGCCUCCUUUGCUGAUACCCCCUCUCUUCAAGCUCAUUUGCAGGCUCUACAGCUUGUGCAACGGGAGGUUCGGAAGCCUCUGGCGGCCGCGUAUUGAGAGCAGCUAAGUCAACCUGCGGUCCCGCACCAAUUCCAGAUUGGAGACGUGGUUUGGGUACGGCGACACCAGACAAGGAACCUGGAACCACGCUGGAAAGGACCUUACACUGUUCUGCUGAUGACACCCACAGCUCUGAAAGUAGACAGCGUCGCCGCCUGGGUCCACGCCUCCCACGUCAAGGCCGCCACCCCUGAGCAGCCGCCUGACGCCUCGGACUCGGGAACCCGAUGGAAACUCCACCGCACUCAAAAUCCUCUCAAGAUAAGACUGACUCGGGGGGGGGGGAACCCUAAUAGUCUUGCUUCUUACCCUGAUUCCCAGUUUGGAGCCCAACCCCACUGGCCCAGUCUGGAGGUAGAUCUCUGUGCCCUUGCUCUAGGGGCCAGCCCCGACUGGGGAACCCCCGAGGUUGUGUACACUCCGGGGUCAAGCGCCCCCCAGCUAGAGGGCCGUCGCCCCAUAGUUCUGGGCUGUCACAACGGGAUUGAGAGAGCAGACCUACAUGGUCAGGCAGGGAUCUAUGUCUGUCCGGGAAGUCAUAGGAACAAAAACCUCAACUAUAAAUGUGGGUGGGCAAAUGACUACUUUUGUGCCUCUUGGUCCUGUGAAACUACGGGAGACACCUACUGGGCUCCCUCCUCCAAUUGGGAUUAUAUAACUGUUAAGAGAAAAGAUCGCCAGCCAGGGGCGACCCCCAAUCAUAUCCCAGAUCAAUUAAAGACAAAAUGUGCCACCAGUAGCACUACAAAGGGGUGGUGUAAUCCCCUGCUCAUUCAGUUCACUGAGCAGGGAAAGAAAGCGCCCUGGACAACUAGCACCAGGGGUUUUGAAUGGGGCAUCAGGCUUUAUAUGCAUGGAUGGGAUAUGGGCCUUACCUUUAAACUCAAACUUAAAAAGACCUCACCCACAAUUGCCUCUGUGGGUCCCAACCCAGUCUUACAGAAGCCCUCUCUACCACGACCUCCACCCCGGCCAACAUCACCCCCAAGUACUUCUGUUUCUUCCCCCAGCUCCGCUCGGUUAAUUACAGGCCCCGCAAUGCAACCUCAGCGACCUGGGUCAGGAGGUAGGCUCCUCGAUUUAAUAGCAAGAGCCUACCAGGUGCUAAACCGCUCCGAUCCCCACCUGACUCAAGAAUGUUGGUUAUGCCUGGUUUCUACCCCACCCUAUUAUGAGGGAUUAGCUAUAAUGGGCAAUUUCUCUAAUCAUACCACACCGCCAGCAACUUGCUAUCCCUCCGUUCAGCAUAAGCUAACCCUGUCAGAGGUAUCCGGGCAAGGACUUUGUGUAGGGACCAUACCCGCUGCCAAUCAGCCACUUUGUAAUUCCACUGCCCCUCUUACCUCAGGAAGUUAUUACCUGGCUGCCCCCAAUAAUACCUUGUGGGCCUGCAACACUGGCCUGACCCCUUGUAUAUCAGCCCAAGGCUGGAAUGAUAGUUCUGAAUUUUGUAUUUUAAUCGAACUAUGGCCUAAAAUAGUUUACCAUGAACCAGAAGAAGUUUAUAGGCACUUUGAAAAAGGGACUCGAUACCCUAGUGAACCUUUGUCUCUAACCCUGGCAAUAAUGCUGGGGGGACUAAUGGUUGGGGGCAUAGCCACAGGGAUUGGGACUGGGGCCACCGCCCUAUCAGUGACCCAUGAGUUCCUACAACUUCAACACGCUAUGCAUGCCGAUCUACAGGCGUUAGAAGAAUCAGUAAGUGCCUUGGAGAAAUCCUUGACCUCACUGUCUGAGGUAGUUCUACAGAACCCUAGAGGGCUAGAUAUCCUCUUUUUGCAAGAGGGAGGACUAUGUGCGGCUCUAAAAGAGGAGUGCUGUUUCUAUGCCGAUCACACCGGACUAGUCAGAGACAAUAUGGCCAAACUUAGAGAGAGACUUAAUCAGAGAGAAAAGCUCUUCAAUGAGAGACAAAGUUGGUAUGAAAGCUGGUUCAAUAAGGCCCCCUGGUUCACCACUCUUGUUUCCUCUCUCAUGGGCCCCUUAAUUAUAAUUCUUUUAAUUCUACUUUUCGGGCCUUGCAUUCUAAAUAGGUUAGUUCAGUUUAUGAAGGACCGGCUCUCCGUCAUACAGACGUUAGUGCUAACCCAGCAGUAUCAUCAACUCAAGCAGCUGGAGACGGAGAUUGACUCUCCCUAGACCCGCAGAAUGAAGGAUUCCAUUCUAAGCUAGAAGAAAAAUGG